CCGGGCGAACGCUCCGCCUCCGUCAGUCGGCUCGGCUGUCGAGAGAGCGGCGUGGAGCCGGAGCCGGGGCCGGACGCGCGGCCGGGGGCUGGGGGCUGGGAGAUCGGCGCCCGCCGCCUGGCGAGGCCUGAGCCACGAUGGCCGAGAUGGGCAGCAAGGGGGUGACCGCAGGGAAGAUCGCCAGCAAUGUGCAGAAGAAGCUCACGCGCGCGCAGGAGAAGGUCCUCCAGAAACUAGGGAAGGCAGACGAGACAAAGGAUGAGCAGUUUGAACAGUGUGUCCAGAAUUUCAACAAACAGCUGACUGAGGGCACUCGACUGCAGAAGGAUCUCCGGACCUACCUGGCCUCCGUCAAAGCCAUGCACGAGGCCUCCAAGAAACUGAACGAAUGUCUGCAGGAGGUGUACGAGCCCGACUGGCCUGGCAGGGAUGAAGCAAACAAGAUAGCUGAGAACAAUGACCUCCUCUGGCUGGAUUAUCACCAGAAGCUGGUGGACCAGGCACUGCUGACCAUGGACACAUACCUGGGCCAGUUCCCUGACAUCAAGUCACGCAUUGCCAAGCGAGGGCGGAAAUUGGUGGACUAUGACAGCGCCCGGCACCAUUACGAGUCCCUCCAAACCGCCAAAAAGAAGGAUGAAACCAAAAUUGCCAAGCCUGUCUCGCUGCUUGAGAAAGCCGCCCCCCAGUGGUGCCAAGGCAAACUGCAGGCUCAUCUCGUAGCUCAAACUAACCUGCUCCGAAAUCAGGCAGAGGAGGAGCUCAUCAAAGCCCAGAAGGUGUUUGAGGAGAUGAACGUGGACCUACAGGAAGAGCUGCCGUCCCUGUGGAAUAGCCGUGUAGGCUUCUAUGUCAACACGUUCCAGAGCAUUGCGGGCCUGGAGGAGAACUUCCAUAAGGAGAUGAGUAAGCUCAACCAGAACCUCAACGAUGUGCUGGUUAGCCUGGAGAAGCAGCAUGGGAGCAACACGUUCACAGUCAAGGCCCAGCCCAGUGACAACGCCCCUGCAAAAGGGGACAAGAGCCCUUCGCCUCCUCCAGAUGGCUCCCCGGCCGCCCCGGAGAUCAGAGUCAACCAUGAGCCUGAGCCGCCUAGCUCAGCAGCAGCAGGGGCCGCCCUCCCCAAGUCCCCGUCUCAGCUCCGGAAAGGGCCACCAGUCCCUCCACCUCCCAAACACACCCCAUCCAAGGAGGUCAAGCAGGAGCAGAUCCUCAGCCUGUUUGAUGACACGUUUGUCCCUGAGAUCAGCGUGACCACCCCCUCCCAGUUUGAGGCCCCGGGGCCUUUCUCGGAGCAGGCCAGUCUGCUGGACCUGGACUUUGACCCCCUCCCGCCUGUGGCGAGCCCCGUGAAGGCGCCCACACCCUCUGGUCAGUCAAUUCCAUGGGACCUCUGGGAGCCCACAGAGAGUCCAGCUGGCAGCCUGCCUUCCGGGGAGCCCAGUGCUGCCGAGGGCACCUUUGCUGUGGCCUGGCCCAGCCAGACGGCCGAGCCGGGGCCUGCCCAACCAGCAGAGGCCUCCGAGGUGGCGGGUGGGACCCGACCUGCGGCUGGAGCCCAGGAGCCCGGGGAGACAGCAGCAAGUGAAGCAGCCUCCAGCUCUCUCCCUGCUGUGGUGGUAGAGACCUUCUCAGCGACUGUGAAUGGCACCGUGGAGGGCAGCGGUGGGGCAGGACGCUUGGAUCUGCCCCCGGGGUUCAUGUUCAAGGUACAGGCCCAGCACGACUACGUGGCCACCGACACGGAUGAGCUGCAGCUCAAGGCUGGUGAUGUGGUACUGGUGAUCCCCUUCCAGAACCCUGAGGAGCAGGAUGAAGGCUGGCUCAUGGGCGUGAAGGAGAGUGACUGGAACCAGCACCUAGAGCUGGAGAAAUGUCGGGGCGUCUUCCCCGAGAACUUCACCGAGCGGGUUCAGUGAGGGCAGCAGCUGCUGCAGCUGUCUGGGCGUGUGGAGAACACCUUUUCCCAAAAAAUGUGUGUGUCUUUCUUUCUUUUCUUUCUUUCUUUCUUUCUUUCUUUCUUUCUUUCUUCUCUCUCUUUUUUUUUUCCUGAUUUUGUUUUUGAACUUUUGAAAAGCGAAGGGAAAUCGAGAGAGAGACCUAAGCCAAGAGGUGUUCUCCCAGGGAUUAGGUUGUGUUCCAAAGAGUCUGGUUUCGGCGAGUCCAGUGGCAUCACCAGUGUUCUUGAAGCUGCCGUGUCCCCUAGUUGAGUUCCUGGCCGCCCCCACCUCCCACCGCGCCCGCAUGUGUGCCUGGCCACAGGGCCAGGGCCUGGGGGCCGCUGAGCCGCCUCGCUUGCCUGAAGCUUCGGGCCAAGCAGUCUGGGCAAGUGUCCUCUUUCUCCUGGCAGCUGCUGUGGGUGGGGUCGGGUCUCUCCAGAGACCUGGGGGCCCAGACAUCAGGCUGGCCUGGCCCUGCCCCGCAGACCGUCUGUGUGCUGUUUGAAAAUAAACCUUAGUGUUCAAAACGAAAUGAAACAAACUGAACAAAAACCCUCA